AUGGGUGAAAAACGAAAAUGUCGAAUGACGAAUAAUGAAAGAAAAUCGAAAAAAGAAAAGAAAAUGAACAAUUCAGUGACGCCAAGUGCAAGCAAUGAUGAUAUUGAAGAGCAAUCAUCGAUGCAUUCGAAUAGCAGUAAUUCUGAUAGCAAUAGUCAACAACCAUCAGUAGCACAAGAAGUAGUUCAGUUAGAAGAAAUCGAAGAAUCUCAAACGAUACCAUCAAUCGAUGUUGAACAUAUCACUGAUGAAGAUCCGAUCGAAGCAAGUCCAUCAAUAGUUGCGGAGAACCAUAAAAUACAUGAAACAACUCCAACAGGCAAGUCAUGGUGGUCUUCCAUAGUUCGUUUGUUUCAUUUCGGAAAUAAUUCUUCGAAUGAAACAAAAACAUCGACAGACAAUUCGAUUAACAACGGCAACUAUUUAGGCAAUGUUAAAUGUCGUCGAUCGCUUCAUGGAGAUUCUCUUGUGGGCUGA